AUGCCUACUCUUAAACCACUCUUGCUGGCGGGUGGCCACUCAUCGCGAAUGGGCGCUCGCAAAGAACUUUUACGUGUCGUCGGUGAUAUCCCCCUGUUCGUACAUCUGCUGCUCAUCCUACACGAGGCAUGUCCCGAGUCAGAUGAGGUGUUUCUCUCAUUGCGCCAUCCCCACUCAUUAAAAGCCAUUGAGAACGAUCCCCAUAUCACCGCCGUCACAAACCAUCAAAUGAUUCUCAAACACGGGGCUAUCACUUUCCCGGUACACGUAGUCUACGACGGUCCGGGAGUACCCAUUGAACAUGACAGCACCGGAAUUGGCCCGGCAGCCGGAUUACUGGCUGGUCAUUACCAGGACGAAAGUGCUCACUGGCUGGUAGUUGCCUGCGACUAUCCAUUCAUAUCUGUCGCCGCACUGUCUCAACUUCGACGCGACUGGACUGAACCAGUCAUCUGUUUUGAGAAUAGAGAUGGUUUCUGGGAGCCUUUACUGAGUAUCUGGUCUCCGGAGGCCCUGCGCGCACUCAAAGAGAACAUUCAAAAUGGAAUUCUCGGACCCAGUGCGGUGGUGAAGCGUUUGCGUGGCAAGACGAUACGACCACGCGAGGAGAAGUGGAUCUUCAAUGUCAAUACGCCAGCCGAUUUGGAGCUGGCGUCGAAUAUGGAAGCCAAACCCCAGGCGAGUUCAUAG